GGCAUUAUUCGCCCCAGGCCUCAUGUCAGAACAGACAUAAGAGAUGUGUUGCUUGACAGCAGAGCGUUAAUCACAGUGUAGCUUCAGCACAGUUUCAGUUACGUAAAACAGAUUCAAAUCCAAGCUUUGGUGUGAGCAUGCGAUAGAUAAAACAGAUAUAGCAUAAAAUCGACAGACAGACAGAUAAUUUCAUGGUAAAUAGUUAGGGCGCCCCCUGUCAGCCGGGGUUGGCUCACACAUUCAGCGGUGAGGAAUCCUCAUCAUUCAGCCGUUGUCGUCAUCGUCAUUGUAGCAUCGUGUGCGUGCUCGUGUGUGUCUGUGUUUGUGUUUGCAACGACACUCCGUAUUUCGGAGAGCACACAGUCUUGAUUUCGUGGACAGCAGAUCUGCAGCCCUGUAUACUAAGCCAGAGAACGAUCUCUUCAUCAUGAACUGCGACAUAGAUGGGGACAUGGAGAACCAGGUGGAGAUGGAGGAGAAGACAAGGCUCAUAAAUCAGGUGUUGGAACUUCAGCAUACUCUGGAAGACCUGUCUGCGCGGGUGGACGCGGUCAAAGAGGAAAACUUGAAGUUAAAGUCGGAGAACCAGGUCCUGGGUCAGUACAUCGAGAACCUCAUGUCUGCGUCCAGCGUCUUUCAAACCACGGACACCAAGAGCAAACGCAAGUGAGUUUGGGCUGAGACGAUAGACGUGUAGGAGGCGGGUAACGUCCUUCCCCAGACUUCCCUGGUCCCAAAUUGAAAAUGCUUCGUCACCUGUUCUGCUUGCUCUGGCAGCACUGAUUCACUUUUGAUUUGUCACAUGGCACUUGUUUUGGGUUAUUAUCGCAGCUCAAUCAUUGACAAGACAUGUGGAGCCCUAAUUGCGUGUGCAAGGCAUACAUGUAAAAAAAAAAAAAAAAAUCCAUGUGUAGGUAAUUUGUAAAUGGGUGCUAAAGGAUUGCAGAUAAUUGUCGAGCUUAAUUAGACUUGAAUUAACAUUCACAACACAACUGUUGUACAUGCAACUCGCCACACACGGGCAAAUAUCGAUCGACACAAAUAGACAAUUGCCAGGUGUUCAAAGUUUUUGCUCUCGCUAUUACAGAUGAGAGACGUGCGCCUAAAUUAGUCCACGAAAGGGUCAUGAGUCACUUCUUACUUUUCUGUAUGUCUGAUGUCAUAGCUUUGCACCGUUGUCACCAACCUGGUUUUCUGUUGAAUGUGAUCCCCGCUUGUCUCAGCCUUCAUCGUGUAAGUGGGGUGAAGCAAACCAGGCUAUAAUCAAUAAUGUUUUUUUAUUUCUAAUGUAUUCGUGUUUUUGUCAUUAAGUCAUCAUGACCACACGUUGCAUGAGUGUUUUUCUCCACUGCCAAGCAGAACGGUGUUCCCAUAAAGUGUAUUAGAAUGGCAUGUAGACCUUUAGUUAAAACAUAUGUAUAAUGAAUCCUAACUCGUUUUGUCAGUCAUGAUACAAAAAAGAAAUGUUUUUUUUUUUUGCUGCUGCUGCAUCUGUAUGAGUUGAGACAGGAAGCGCUAGACGCAAGCAGAGAUCAGAAUGCUUUCUACGCCAAAGCAGUUAAGUGCAUUUGAGUGCUAUUGAUCUCCUGUCGGAGACAAGGACAGGAAAUGGAUGCUGGUCUCCACCUUGAACUGCAAAAUGAAGGGCAUGUCCCUUUUGAAAAAUGGAAUUAGCAUCAACAAUAAAAUGCUCGUCGAAUGUUCGCUUGAUUGGAAAAGUAGUAAUUCAUGUUAUAACAGUUGGUGGAACCUAACUACUCAUUAAAGGGAAAAGUUGUAAUUUAUUUAAAUGAUUUUGAUAUAUUUAGGUUGUAUGAAAAGUAUUUUAGAGAAUAGUGUACACUCCAGGAGCCAUCUUGUGUGAAGAUACCAUGCACUGUUACUUUGAAACAUUGUUUAUAAUAAAAGCUUUAGUUCUACGCUCA